UUGAAAUAUUCUCAGGUAGACCACACUCAGGAAAUCUCACUGAGAUCUUGUGGGCGUUACCAGCAGGCAGACAGAGCACCAACUCUUCUGCCUUUGCCCAGUUGGCUUCCCGAGAAGCAGGUGUCCGUCCUCAGAAGAGCCACAGGACUGACUUAGCUAAAAGCUUGCGGAUUUUCCCAAAGCUGAAAUCCUCCCAACUCCUGUGCACGUCCCAGCUGGAGGCAGCAAGGAGGUAAGGCCUCACUGGGGUCUGAUCGUGCAGCGCUAUGUGUGUAUCCAGGGUUCCCUUUCCCCAGUGCCGAAUCCAGCUCUUGCUCUUGUUAAACUUCAUGUGGCUGGAGACUGCCCAGCUCUCUAAUUUGUCCAGAUCUCUCAGCAGGGCUUUUCCACUCUUGACACAAGAGUCAGCAGCUCCUCCCAGUUUAGUACUCUCAGCAGAUUUGUUUUUAUUGUUAGUUUGUAAGAGGAAUUUCAUCACAACUCUGGUUGGAUACUGGAACUUAUCCACACCUAACACGUCAUGUACUUGGAAAAAAAAGGAAAAAAGAAAAAAAACCACAAAAAACCAACGUGGCUUAAUAAGGGGGAGUAGGUAAGGCCUCACUGGGGUCUGAUCGUGCAGUGCCAGAGUGAGAGGGUGACCCGACCUGGCUGCACAGGGGUCACCUGCAUUUCUCCUCUGGUCAGCUUAAAAUGACACGCUUGGGUGUUCUCUGUGUUUCUUUCUUCAAACUGGGACCGAGUAGGCGUGUCUUUCCUCCGUUUAUGAUGAAAGCACGGAAGGGAUGCAUACGGUUGCUUGGGUCACAAUCGUUGGCUGGAAUGGGAAGGCCUGGCCUACAGCUUGUUACCAGUCCUGGUGCUCUGCCGUGCGUGCUGCACUCGCAGACUGAGCUCUGGGCCUUCCUUUGCAGAGAUAACGCUGCGAGGUCACGUCAGAAGCAGCGCUGUGCUGUGGACGUGAGCUGGAUGCACCUUAGACUGAGCGGGCUGAACAGGGUUACUUUAUUUCCCUGAUCAAGCCAGGAGAAGGCUUCCAUUCCAAGAAGGAGCGAAGGCGGCUUUUUCCAGGAGUGGCAGCAGUCCCUGUGGAGAGAUCCUUGAGAACCUGAACUUGUUCUAGGAAUUUCUCCGGCAUGGCCAAUCAGGGAGAUGGUUCUUAUUCCCCUUCUCACUCCGCAUCUCGCAAGAUUCGAUUGAAUCGAUGUGGUGAGAUGUGGAGAAAACGGAAAGCCUCCGAAGCUGACGGGAGUGGCAUCGCGGUGAAGCGCAGCCUUGUUGAAAGUCUGGAUAAGAAGCUGGAGGUUGAUGAAGCACCAAAGAAUACUCCAGCGACACCAGAGAAGGCUGCUAAAUCUAUGGCAGAAAUCCACGUGGAAACACUGGAGGAAAUCCGCCAGGAGAAAGCGAAUCGACAAGGCGGAACUCCAGCUCGGCUCCCGGCUGCAGGGCAGUGUGACACGGAAGAGCAAGGCAGAGAGACAAGACCUUCCCAGGCAGUUUGCAUCUCAGCUUUCUCCCAAGCCCAGCCUCUAAGAAAACGUAGGCAGUCAGAAGAAGGGAAGCCAAAUGCAGAUGAGUUGCCUACCAAGAGAAGGCUUCUGGGUGAAAACAAGAUACAGAGCAUCCUCACUCCAUCUGUUGCUGGCCAAGUGAAGUUGGAAGAGCCAGUGCAAAAAGUCAAGCCUUUAGAAGAAAUCCAUAUUAAAACCCUGGAAGAAAUCAGGAGGGAGAAAGCUCUGCAGAUUCAACAGAGGGACGAAAGCGUGCCAGCUCCUCCAGCACCACCUGCACCUGCCCCAGCACGGAGGAGAUUGAUCAGGAUCCCAAAGCUAAGAGCACCCGCAAAAGAAGAAAUGACACACGUGGAAUCCAGCACAUCUGUUCCUGAAGCUGUCUGUGCACCUGCACGGAAGCGCAAGGCAGCUGAGAUGGGUCGCUGUGCUGUGAGUGCCACCGCUGCUGGCACGGAGGAGCCUCCAGCUAAACGUGCAGCUGUGGUAAGGACCGUGGCUGAAGCUGUCGUGGAUCCCCAGUCGUAGUGAUAGGGAAGCUUG